AAAGAUAACAUUUCACACAAGAGAAUAAAAAACGGGAAGUGCCUCAGCUUCCUCUCUUUGCCGGGACGGAGAAACCGCUGCCCAGCCCUACCCCCCCCCCCACUGUCUCCUAUAGGCAGCUCUCACUUCCGCCUCCCCUAGCAGGGGAAGAGCUUCACAAGGAACCCGGAAAGCCUUCCUCCAGGAAAACCAGGUUGCCCCUAAGUGACAUCUUCAUCCUAUCUCUACGGUUCCUUUCCCCCACACUCCUGGGCAGCCAUGAGCGCGGAGCCACGCAGCCGCCAGGAGACUCUGGCUUUGCGGAAGCAGCUCAUCGGAUCCUCCUGCAAGCUUUUUUUCCCAGAAGACCCUGUGAAGAUUAUCAGUGCAAAGGGCCAGUAUAUGUAUGAUGAAAAUGGAAACAAGUACCUUGACUGUAUCAACAACGUUGCUCAAGUUGGACACUGCCACUCAGAAGUGAUCAAAGCAGCACAUCAACAAAAUUUGGCACUAAAUACAAACUCUCGGUAUUUGCAUGACAAUUUGGUGGACUAUGCACAAAGACUCUCUAAUACAUUGCCUAAGAAGCUGUGCACUUUCUAUUUUUUGAAUUCAGGGUCAGAAGCCAAUGAUCUUGCUCUGAGAUUGGCACGGCAGUAUACAAAACAUGAGGACGUACUUGUGGUGGACCAUGCUUAUCAUGGACAUCUGACAUCCCUGAUUGACAUAAGUCCAUAUAAAUUCAGAAAUCUAGAAGGCCAAAAGGAAUGGGUCCAUGUGGUAUGCAAAAGAGAGCGUACUUUGACCAUUUUCCAUUACUUUCCAGUUCAUCUAAGCUCUGAUGAUGUGAAUAGCAUUUACACUUUUUUUGGACAGGCUCCUCUUCCUGACACAUACCGAGGAUUAUACAGAGAAGACAAUAAGAAUCCGGCCACGGCAUAUGCCAACGAAGUGAAAAAAAUAAUUGACCAAGCACAACAAAAAGGAAGAAAGUUUGCUGCCUUUUUUGUGGAAUCUUUACCAAGUGUUGCUGGACAAAUCAUUCCACCACCUGGUUAUUUCCAAAACGCAGCUGCGCACAUACACAGCGCAGGAGGUGUAUUCAUUGCUGAUGAGAUUCAAGUUGGCUUUGGAAGGGUUGGCAAACAUUUUUGGGCAUUUCAACUUCAAGGAGAGGAUUUUAUUCCCGAUAUUAUCACCAUGGGAAAACCAAUUGGCAAUGGGCAUCCUGUUUCUUGUGUAGCAACGACAAAGGAAAUUGCAGAGGCGUUUUCAGCAACAGGAGUAGAGUAUUUUAACACGUUUGGAGGAAAUCCUGUGUCCUGUGCAAUAGGUAUAGCAGUCUUGGAUGUGAUUGAGAAGGAACAGCUUCAACUUCACGCCCUCCAGGUGGGAAGCUUCCUCAUGGAACUACUCAAUCAGCAAAAAGCAAAACAUCCUCUAAUUGGCGAUGUCAGGGGUGUUGGAUUGUUCAUUGGAGUAGAUUUGGUGCAAGAUCAAAAGAAAAGAACCCCUGCUACUGAAGAAGCAGCCAUCAUCGUAACAAGAUUAAAGGAAGAAUUCAUUAUGUUGGCUACAGAUGGUCCAGGCAGAAAUGUGCUUAAGUUCAAGCCACCGCUCUGUUUCAAUGCAGAAGAUGCAAAACUGGUUGCGGACAAACUUGAUAAAAUAUUAACAGAGCUAGAGAAAAGAGAAGCUUAGAGAAAGUUCACUUCCACUACCUUCAUAUGGUUACAGACAUGGUGCUGAAUUCUACCAUGUUUCUAAUAUAUUUUACUUAAGCUACAAUACCAAAAAUACCACCUUUUCCCAACUACUAUUAUUAAAUUUAUUGUCUUUGUUGUAAUACUGAUAGUACAUAAAUUCAAAGCUCUACAGAUGUUAUUUGUUAAUCCAACUCUUCAUGCAGUGGAGUAAAAAUCAAUUGAUUUAUCCAGAAAACAAACUGCUUUAUUGGUUACAGAACCUAAACCACAACUUACACUCAUUUCUGUUUAUAUUAUAAAAUUAGCACCUUCCAGUCA